UUAGAGACAGGUGAGCGCUGACCAUUUGGCGAGCACAUCUCAUACAAGAGGGAUUUCAUUCUCCCUGUGUGUGGUUUAGUAACGUCAUCGCCAUUUAUUUUUUUACCACCUUUUAUUGAAUGUAUAUUUUAUAACUAUAGGGCGAACAGGAAAAGAAGUGAACAACAUCGAAGAAAAACUCGCACUCAGCAGUUUGUAUAAGCAGCAGUUCAGUCCAGGCAGUGCUAAACCUCAAGCCACCCUACUGAGCUGCUCCUUUUGGUACUUUACCACCGGAUUACAGCUUGGGAAGUGAACCGGAAAGACUUUUCUCUAUUUCUCUUUGUUUUUAAGGGUUUUUUUGUACCUGCCAUGGAAAGUAUGCUGGAAAAUCGGUCAAACUCUGACCUAAUCAGCAUCUGUGUUCAAGAUCCCAGGCUCCUAAAAGAAGACCUUUGGCACACACAUGUUGACUAUGAGAUCUGCUUGCAUACCAAUAGCAUGUGCUUUCGAAAAAAGUCUUCAUGUGUAAGGCGCCGAUACAGUGAGUUUGUUUGGCUGCGACAUUGUCUGGAACAGAACGCUCUGAUCAUAGAGUUGCCCAAGUUGCCAUCGUGGAACCCCUUCUUCAGUUCAAAGAACCCGGAACAGGUUGCACAGAGGAUGAAGGGCUUUGAGGAGUUUUUACAAAGCAUUUUUCAAAACCCUUUGUUGCUGUCGGACAGCCGGCUCCAUCUGUUCCUCCAGUCAGACCUCAGCAUCACAAGGAUAGAAAGGUGUGCGAGUGGUAAGACAAGGUACACGGUGGCAGAAGCAAUACAGCAAUGCAACAGCAGCUUCAUCGGCAGCUUGGAGGACAAGGUGGCCUCCUGUGACUCUGACUGUGAAAGCAGCUCUUCUUCAACAGGUUACCACAGUGUGGACACUCCAGAGCGAGGGACCCCUGUCCCCUUCUCAGAGUCAUGACAAAAUCUCUCAGCUGUGUUUCAGUGUCUCCACCCCACUUGUCAACAGCAGCAGUGCUUGAUCUGUUUGUGAUCCUCCAUGGAGCUCUUUCUUUUCAAACUACUUCAGUAUUCACCUUGGUUAGUUGCUGUUUUAUUAUUGUGCUUUUUUUUUUUAAGCAUUCCCAUGGUCAUUUAAUUUAGUGUGUAUUUAAAAGAAGAAAUUAUGUUUUUAAAAAUGUAUAGUAAACCUGCACAUUAAUUGUGGUUUCUUAACUAUUUCCUAUGUAUAUUUUUAUCUGCACUGAAGCUCUACCUAUGUUGGCAAGGGAUGAGUUUUGAACUGUAGACUAGGAUUUUUAGAAAAAUAUUUGAAUACUUUUAUGAUGUAUUAAUGGAUGAAUAAAUUGUCUUUUUGAGG